CUCCUCACUCCCGACCUACACACACCAAGCCCUCCCCCACACAAUGCCAGCAAUCACCUCGGGCCGCGUCCUCGUCACGGGCGCCAACGGCUUCCUGGCCCUGUACGUCAUCCGCGCGCUCCUCGAGCAGGGCUUCAGCGUGCGCUUCACGGUCCGCUCGGAGGGCAAGGCUGCGUUCGUGCGCGAGUUUUUCGCCGCGCACGCGGACAGGCUAGAGGGGGUUAUCGUCGAGGACAUGGCUGUGCCCGGCGCGUACGACGCCGCCGUGCCCGACGUCGACGGCAUCGUGCACCUCGCGUCCCCGGUAGACAUCACGAACCCCGGCCCGCCCGAGCUCGUGACGCGCCCGGCAAUCGGCGGCGUCGAGAACCUGCUCGCGUCGGUGCAGGCGCACGGCGACAAGCUCAAGCGCUGGGUACAGAUCUCGAGCGUUGCCGCGCUCGGCGCCGACCUGUCCCCGUCCGCGCACUACACCGAGGCCAACUGGAACGACGCGAGCCUCGCUGUCGUGGCCGAACUCGGCGCCAAGGCGGAGCCGAUCCACAAGUAUAACGCGAGCAAGGUGCUCGCUGAGCGCGCGUUCUGGGGGUGGAUUGAGGAGAAGAAGGUGGCGUGGGACGGUGUCGCUGUGCUGCCCAGCCUCAUCAUGGCCCCCGACCUCCAGUACGCGCACAGCGGUACCCCGACCGUGGGGCUCAGCUUCGGCCUCAUCCCCCUCCUGCGCAAGGGCAUAACGGCCGCCGAGCUCGACGACAUCAUGCCCUGGCACACGGUCGACGCGCGCGACGUCGCGCAUGCCGUCGUGACGGCCCUCUCGACCCCCGAGGCCGGCGGGGAGCGCUUCAUUGCCUCCUCGGGCGUGCUGGCCGUCAACGACGUCGCGCUCGCCGCGGCCCAGCUGCUCCCCAACGUUGCGCAGGGCAACGCCGACCCUGCGCUCCGCGGCAGCUUUGCGUCCAGGAGCUAUGUCAUGGACGGGUCCAAGGCCGAGCGCGUGCUCGGGUUCAAGUACCGUCCUGUUCACGACACCCUCGUCGACACGAUCACCUCGGUGCCUGCUGAGAUCUUUGCCGCGGCGUAGAGUACAUAGAAAGAUACAUGGCC